CAAAAGAUAAAGAACAUGAAAAUGGAAGAGAAAUAAAUUAAGAAAAAAUAAAAUAAAAUGUUAUGAAAGUUUUGUAAUUUGAUUGAUCCAAUCAAAGAUAAGAAAGAAAUAAAAAAAAUAUGCAAUUAAAUUUUGUAAUUUAAUUGAACAUAUUAAUGUUGGCAACUGCCGUUAAGGUUUGUGCUUGUGCUGGGUGAUUGAUGUUUCUUCUUUGAAGCAAUCCAAGAAAGCUUAAAUGGUAGCUACCAAAUUGGUAACCUUGAUGAAACAAUGUUCAACUGUGAAACAGGCAAAACAAAUCCAUGCCCACAUAUUGAUCAAUGGUUUUACUUUUCUUCAACCCCUUUUAAUCCAUCACAUGCUUCUUUGGGAUGUCACUAACUACAGAACUGUGGCACACUAUGCCUACUCAAUGCUUCACCAUUUGCACAAUCCAGAUUCGUUCUCGUGGGGUUGUGUGAUUCGGUUCCUCUCUCAAAAGGGUCUAUUUACUGAAGCUGUUUCUCUAUAUGUUGAAAUGUCCAGGAUGAGAUUGUAUCCAACUUCACAUGCUAUCUCCUCCGCACUCAAGUCAUGUGCUAGGAUUCAGAACGUGUUGGGAGGUGUAUCAAUUCAUGGACAAGUUCAUGUGUUUGGAUUUGAUACUUGUGUUUAUGUACAAACGGCCCUUCUUGAUUUGUACUCGAAAAUGGGUGAUAUGAGGACUGCUCGACACGUGUUUGAUGAAAUGGCUGAGCGAAGUGUGGUUUCUUGGAAUUCUUUGCUAUCUGGGUAUCUAAAAGCAGGUAACUUGGAUGAGGCCCAAGAUUUUUUUGGUCAGAUUCCCAAUAAAGAUGUUAUAUCUUGGAACUCUAUGGUAUCUGGAUAUGCCAAAGCAGGAAAUAUGGAUCAGGCGUGUACUUUGUUUCAACUAAUGCCAGAGAGAAAUCUGACCUCUUGGAAUGCAAUGAUCACUGGUUUCAUUGAUUGUGGAAGCAUAGUGUCAGCAAGAGAACUUUUUGAUUCAAUGUCCAGGCGAAACUGUGUAUCUUGGAUAACAAUGAUUGCUGGAUAUUCGAAGGGUGGGGAUGUUGAUUCUGCUCGUAAGCUCUUUGACCAGAUGGAUCACAAAGAUUUGCUCUCGUAUAAUGCUAUGAUAGCUUGUUGUGCUCAAAAUAGCAAACCCAAGGAAGCCCUUGAACUAUUUAAUGAUAUGCUUAAACCCAAUAUCUACAUACAUCCUGAUAAAAUGACUUUUGCUAGUGUUAUAUCAGCUUGUUCUCAAUUGGGGGAUCUGGAACAUUGGUCCUGGAUUGAAUCACGUAUGAAUGACUUUGGAAUUGUUUUGGAUGAUCAUUUGGCUACUGCUUUAAUUGAUCUGUAUGCAAAGUGUGGAAGCAUUGGAAUGGCAUACGAGCUAUUCCAUUCCCUGAGAAAGAGGGAUUUGGUUGCAUAUUCUGCAAUGAUAUACGGAUGUGGAAUAAAUGGAAAGGCCUCUGAUGCAAUCAAGUUAUUUGAACAGAUGCUUGCUGAAUGUAUUAUUCCUAAUUUAGUCACCUACACUGGACUCCUAACUGCCUAUAAUCAUGCUGGAUUGGUUGAAAAAGGUUACCAGUGCUUUAACUCCAUGAAGAACUACGGACUGGUGCCUUCCAUUGAUCAUUAUGGAAUCAUGGUUGAUCUCUUAGGGAGGGCAGGAUAUUUGGAUGAAGCAUAUAAGCUUAUAACAAAUAUGCCAAUGCAACCCAACGCUGGUGUUUGGGGAGCUCUGCUUCUUGCUUGCAGAUUACACAAUAAUGUGGAUCUUGGGGAAAUAGCUGUUCAGCAUUGCAUUAAACUGGAGAGUGAUACAACUGGUUAUUGUUCUCUUCUUUCAAGCAUAUAUGCUACUGUUGGAAAAUGGGAUGAUUCCAAGAAGAUGAGAACGGGUGUGGAAGCAAAGGAAAUCAUCAGGGUACCUGGAUGUAGUUGGACAACCAACUUAACUUCUCCAUGAUUGGCAGUCUUUGAGGGAUUGAAUAACAAUGAAGCAGUGACAUGAGGUCAUUUUUUCUAUAAGACAGUUUAUGGAUUUCUGGACUUUAGAUUUGGAUUUCUUUGGCCUUCAUGUGAGACCCUUAAUGUGGAUUCAAACAAUGGUACACUCUCAACAUCAUCAAAAACAUGAAGAGGGGUCAAUCAGUUACAGAGUUCAGAGAUUGGCAAGUAUCAGUUUCUGAGGAAAGAAUAUGAUCUUUUGCUGAAUGCUGGUGAUUUGGAUGCAAUGUGGGGGUGCUUGAUAGAACUGUGUGAUUGAUGAUUCUACUGCUGCAGAAAAGGUUUGGCAUUUUCACAUUCGUGUUUUGCUCCUCCAUAUUUCCAGAAUUUAUGGCAUAUUAAAACUAGAUUUGCCUUAUUAAAAGUAUGAUAAAUAUUUCAAAUCUACCAUAAAACAUAUCAUAUGGAAUUUUUCUGCUGAGACAAUCUUAUUUGUUUCAGUGAUGAUUUAAAUUUACUCAACCUUCAAAGAUGCUGCCUAUUUGCCUGUCUAAAUUAUUAUUUUUUGUUGAAUGGGUCAUAAAAGUUUAUUUUAUUGUUGGCUGAGAUUUUCAACUUGAUAAUCUCAAAGUUACACUAACACUCUUUAUAUGGAUAUUAUUUAGCUUUACAGCAACCUAGUGCAAACUUGAAUUUGUUUCUUAUAGAUAAAUUUCGGAAACUUUUGCCACAUUGCUUCUGUAUGUACAGAACAAAUAGGUCCUAAAUGCCGACGGUUUUUUUCCUUCAAACUUUAUGAAGUUUUGAGAAACGACAUGGCUGAUGUAUACACAAAUUCUUCUUUUACUCUUAACAGAAGAGUUUACCGAAUCAUGGCUAAACAUUUGUAUUAUCUGCUUAAAGAUAAAGAGGAAACAGCUUAAU